AUGACUGAUCAUCUCUCCGUGGUAGGGCCUUCGAGACUUUGUGCUGUCUGCGACCUGGCCUUGAAAAGCAAUUUACUAUGCACCAGCCAGCCUCACCACAAGAGUGGCUUUGACCUGGAAAAGGCUUCCGAUCUUGGCUGUUACAUUUGCGGCACAAUCCGACAUAGUAAUACAUGGUCACGAAGAUCUGAAGAGUGUCGCUCAAGCUCUUUUGAGUAUGUCAUAAACCUGCAUAAUGCCGGUUGCGUGGACACUCUAGAAGGACUGAUUAUUGGGAAAGCUCCAAGUGGCUGUUGCUGGGCUUUUCAGCUUUGGAAAGAACCUGAUCCUGCUUCCGGUAUUUUGUCUUACAAACCACCUGCCUCACACCAUGAUUCAGAUUUUAUUCGACUUGCCAGGGACUGGCUUGACUCUUGUUGCCAAACUCACGUUAAGUGCCUAAACAGCGGCCCAGGUUACAGGCCAACAAGAUUAAUCGAGAUCGUUGACGAAUUAUACGUUCGCCUCAUUUUUCCAAGGAACCUCUCUGUUGAGUCAAUUGACUAUAUCGCAUUCUCUCAUUGUUGGGGAAAGGUUGAGGCGAUCAAGCUUCUUGAAAAGAACGUUGAUCGAUUCCGACUUGGCAUAAGCAUCCAUGAUUUGCCCAAUUCCUAUCAAGAAGCUAUUCAGUUGUCUCUCAGAAUGGGUUUUAAACACAUAUGGAUUGACUCACUCUGCAUUAUUCAAGAUUCAUUGUUGGAUUGGAUGCAAGAGGCGAAGGAUAUGAAGCGGGUUUACGAGCAUGCAAUAUUCAACCUGUGCUCUGCUACAGCCUCCGAUAGCUCAGGGACCAGCUUUGUGGCCCGCCAUACACAUCUUCUCAAGCCGCAGCGUGUAAGUCUCCAUGGCGAAGUCUUCCAGUUGCUGUGUGAUGGCCUCUUACAGGACGAUAUCACUUAUUGCACCUUGCGCUCCCGGGCAUGGGUCUAUCAAGAAUGGUACCUUUCCAAGCGCUCACUGGUCUUGGGCUCACAUCAGCUUUGGUGGCAUUGUAGAGAAAAGCUGGCAUGCGAAAUAUGGCCUAUUGGAACACCACAAGCCAACAGGGGAAGAUGGUGGAGGGAAACCCAGCCCCUCAAGGAGUCAGCACCAUCUGAAGAUUCGGACGAUAUGGAUGCCUGGAAUCAGCGUGUCCUAGCAUACAUGAGGACAAAGCUGACGAGAGAAACCGACCGUUUGGUUGCAUUCUCAGGUAUUGUUCAAUCUUUCGGGCAGUCACGGCAACUAACUAAAGACUAUCUUGCCGGCCUUUGGCGAUGUCAUCUACCAGCAGCGCUCUUGUGGAAGGCCACCUCUCCGGCGCGGAGAUCAGCUACAUAUACUGCAGCGUCAUGGAGCUGGGCGUCUCUUGCUGGAGACUGUCUGGUAAAGACAGAUAAGGACUUACUUCAUGAACCGUGCUUCAUCACUGUCGAACAGAUAAUGCCCCUGCGUGUACCAGGACCAGAUGGAUUCCCGAUGGGGGGAGUAAUCACGCUCAGUGGCUAUUUGUUUGAAGUUGUCUAUCGAUCUGUAGGUCUUUUCCUGGGUAGAGGAGACUUCAUGGCUCCCGGAGACCAGACGACAGGUGGUGCACUAUUCCUUGACGAGGGAUCAGAGAAUGAUCAAUUUGUCUCACACUUAGAGGCACCAGACCUAGAUGAUUUCAGUGGAUGGCUGGAAAAUAAGGCUGUGAGGCUAGCAGUGCCACUCAAUGACGCAAAGGGUCGUUUCUAUUUUUUUUUUGUUCCUUGA